AUGGAUGAUGGUAUGAGCCUUUCCGUAGGGAACAUGCUCUCGUAUCUGCACUUUACGCCAGGAGACACUCUGUGGUUCCUUGGCUGGGUUCCUAAGAGCUCGGGAGCCAUGGUUGGCACCUGUAUCGCACUGUUUAUGUUGGCGUUGAUCGAGCGCUGGAUAGCGGCUUGUCGAGGAGUGAUGGAGUUCCACUGGGGCCAACAGGCGAUUAUCAUUGCGUCGGACAAACUUGAUACUCUACCGACUCAGUCAUCUCCCAUCGGAUUCAUCAAGCGCUUCACGCCCCGCUCUAUUCCCGCGCAUGAUAUUACGCGUGGGAUCAUGUUUGCGGCGCAGACGCUGCUUGGUUACCUCUUCAUGUUGACAGUCAUGACGUACCAGCUUGGUUUUAUAUUCUCCCUUGUGGUGGGGCUCGGAGUGGGAGAGACUCUCUUUGGAAGGUUUGGUAGUAUUGCGUACGCGCAUUAA